UUGAAUCUUCAAGGCCCCUCUUAUCAAGCUGCCUGCAUCGUGGUGGCGGUCGACGAGCCAUGGCGGCAGUCGAGUCAGUGCAGUGCUUCGGUCGCAAGAAGACCGCCGUAGCCGUGACUUACUGUAAGAAGGGCCUUGGUCUGAUCAAAAUCAAUGGCUGCCCAAUCGAGCUGGUGGAGCCCGAGAUUCUGCGUUACAAGGCCUUCGAGCCCGUGCUUCUGCUCGGGCGGCACAAGUUCGCGGGCGUGGACAUGCGCAUCCGUGUGAAGGGCGGAGGUCACACGUCGCAGAUUUACGCCAUCCGGCAGAGCAUCGCCAAGGCAUUGGUGGCGUACUUCCAGAAGUACGUGGACGAGCAGUCGAAGAAGGAGAUCAAGGAUGUGUUGUUGAGGUACGACAGGACCUUGCUGGUGGCCGACCCUCGUCGGUGCGAGCCGAAGAAGUUCGGAGGUCGCGGUGCUCGUUCUCGUUUCCAGAAGUCUUACCGUUAAGAACCGAGGUGUGAGAGUCCGUUGCCUCUGUCUAACUACCGUUUCUGGAGUUUUGAUUGGAAGAGGACGAGGAAGAUUAGACUUGUAUGACCUACUGAUUAAGGUUUCACUUAGGUCAUGCUAUGGACUGUUGUGCUGUUUGUAAGUUUCCUAGGAGGCCUCUUUCGCCUCUUUAUCUUGUAGAAAGCAUACAUAUUUGGUUUA